ACAUAAGUCCUUUUUGCUAAUAAAUGGCGGAUCACAAAAUUUUGUAACAAAAGCGAGCCGUUAUUUCUGUGAAUAAAUCGCUACGAAAUAUAAUUUUACAAUGGAGUUGACUCGCACAACACUUGGAAUUGCAGUGGGCAUUGCCGGGACUCUGUUCCUGGGGUAUUGUGUAUAUUUCGACCAACAACGUCGCAAGGACCCUCUUUUCAAAAAAAAGCUCAGAGAACGCAGACAGAAUGCUCGCAAGAACGCGUCACGCUCAAACGCCAUGGGUGGGCCCCUGCCAGAUAUGAGCGACCAUGAGGCUAUGCAGCGGUUCUUCCUGCAACAGAUCCAGCUGGGCGAGGAGCUGCUGGCGGCCGGGGACCUGGAGGCGGGCGUGGAGCACCUCGGGCAGGCCGUGGCCGUGUGCGGCCAGACGCAGCAGCUGCUUAGUGUGCUCCAACAAACCAUGCCAGCCCCGAUCUUCCACCUGCUCCUGAAGAAGCUCCCCGAGGUCUCGGAGCGACUCCGGGCCUCCAUGAAGGCGAGCGGAGGCAAUGUGCUGCAAGAGGAGGACGUGGAAUAAGCAGGAGAGGCCUAGACGACAUUGAUUUGCACUUGCGGGACGUUACAUACGAAGAAAAAUAGUUUUAACCCAUUCACCGCUACAGUUGCUCAUAGCUGACAAAGGUUACGGUGUAAAAUUAACCUUAAUGCGUUUCUAAAAUUUGAGACGAAAGUGGAGGACCCGUGCGAAAUCGCCUUUUCAUACAAACGUUGUCCUCAUUUUCCUCUCUGGAUAUUAAUGGAUAUUAACAUUAUUGAAAAUAUUUUGACACAAUUUGUUGCAUAUGCACCAUAGCUAUGCCCCCUACAUUUGAUUUUUAUCGAUUUUUUUAUUAUUAUAAGAGUUAGGAGCACUUAGAAAUUUGGAUGAAAUCUGUUUUACUCUCCUAAUUUUUACAAUAAUAAAAAUAUCGGAAAAAAGGACUAUGAUUGUAUGGAGAUAUGGUCGUCCCCUUUCCUCUUAACUAUGCUGUGUUAUCUCUUCUAGUGGCAAGUGGCACACGUAAUUUUUGAAUUUUGGAAUUUUGAUUUUAUUUCAAUCAAGCAAAUUUGAGGAGCGCUGGUAGCCUAGCAGUAAGAGCGUGCGACUUUCAGUCCGGAGGUCGCGGGUUCAAACCGCGGUUCUUACCAAUGAGUUUUUAGGAACUAAUGUAUGAAAUAUCAUUUGAUAUUUACCAGUCUCUUUUCGGUGAAGGAAAACAUCGUGAGGAAACCGGACUAAUCCCAAUAAGGCUUAGUUAUAUCCUCUGGGUUGGAAGGUCAGAUGGCAGUCGCUUUCAUAAAAACUAGUGCCUACGCCAAUUCUGGGGAUUAGUUGUCAAGCGGACCCCAGGCUCCCAUGAGCCGUGGCAAAAAUGCCGGGACGAGAAGAGAAGAAUCAAAUUUAAAUGACGUAAUCAGUCGGGAGCCGACGCCAUACCACUCCAAGAGUGUGUAUAAAAUAGUGGCGGUUAAAAUGUUGAACUAUUUUUUGUGCUUUUUCUUGCCGCUGGUGGGAUGGGUUAAGUUACAAAAGUGUGUUUCUUACUAGAAAGGAGAAACAAGCGACUAAUUAUUAUUACGGGGAUGAUGAUGAUAAAUGAAUAUAAGAAUUGUAUUGUAUAUACAGAAUGCAACCCUGCAUAAACCUGAAAUAACGGAACUAAUUUCAAAGCAUGCAGGUUCAUUUUACAAUGACAAUCUAAAAACGUCGGUUAAAUGAGACAGUGUCGCAAUCGACAUACAUUUUUUCUUCCGGUUCGAGCGCCAUCUUGAUAGUUAGCCUUCCUUUGUUUUUUGUUCAAUAAUAUUGUUUAAAGUAAUAUCGAUAGCUUAUUACACAGUAAACUAAUGUGGUAGUGUGCAGUGAAUGGAGAAUUAAUCUUGAAACGCAUUUAACCACCAUUUUGGAGUCAACGGCCGGUAGUCCACGUGCUACUUGUAAAGUCCAGCUAUCGCUUUACAAGAGCUGAUAAAAUCACCGUACACUGUCUUGUACUAACCGUACAAUGUUAGUCGUAUUUAAGGCUCUUAAUACCUUGAUACUGGCGAAAUAGUCCCACUGGACUGAAGCUAUAAUUUUAAAAGAAUUAAUGUUAUUUUUCCGCAAGUGCAAAUAAAGACUCGAAAACAUCAAAUGACUGAACAUUUUCUCAAUCCCCUUUCCUUUUGAGUCGAACGAACAGAGUUCUAUGGCAUAUUGAACCCCAUACAACAUAGAACCUUGUCACUUCGAAAAACGACAGUCCAAUCGUAUUAUUUGUUCCAUUGCGUAUUGGGCUGUUCUAUUUUAAUGUACAAUUGGAACAAUCAAACGAGGUAAAGUAUUUUCAAAUACAUUACUUUAUGUAACAUUUCUUUAUAGCGAAUGUUAAAAGAAUUAAGUUGAACAAUAGCAUGUAGUCUUAAUUUUAGUGAUUAUUGAUACAAUACUUGUCUUUACAUUUCUUAAUAAUUUAUACGAAUCAUGCUUUAUUUUUUAAUGUCAUGUCACUAACAAUAAUUAAUAAAUUACUCAGUUCUUUUUAAUGCUGUAGUGUUGAAAUAUUUAAUGUUGUGCAUUGCCGACUGAUGUUAACCCUUUAAUCGUCUUGUCGGCAUUUCUGGCGCCUAUUACACGAUGGCUCAGUUUCAUUAGUUGAUACCCAUAUGCAGGGUGCGGGAGAUUUUCAAAACGAAAACCAUCGAGUUUCACUAGUCGUUAUACCGCCUGCGGGGAGUCACGCGCAUGCUGUUUAUCAACCCAACUAUCGACUUAUGAGUUUCACUAGUAAUUAUACCGCGCUUUAUAUCGACCUGUGAAACUGAGCCACGAUGGGGAGCACGUACUGCCCGCCUAAAAGUAAGCGAACGACAUAACCUAAGGACACUUACAGUAACGUCAGCGGUAUAUGCGCGUUAACAUUUUCUAAAUUUUACCUGUUCAAACGUUUUUUUUUAAGUGACAUGUAUAUUUAAAAUCUGUGCGGUAAGGAUUGGCUGUGAUAGUUCACAAAUAUAAUAUCCGCCAUUUUUCAACAUCGUGACUAUACAAGUUGUUGUUUUAGGUUUUGUUCGCAACUGGUUAAGGAAUGCUUGUGAGUUUUGAUUGAGAUUUUAUUGUGAAUAAAAGUUGUGUAAAAA